CCGCCCCUUUUGCCUGUCAGGAUGAGGCGGCUGAGGCGGCCCAGGGCCGGCGGCGGAGGCUGAGGCGGCGGCCCCUGUUGUGCUCGCUCCGCUCCCCUCGCCUGACUUAGCGGGCCCGGCCUCGGCGUGAGCUGGCUCAGCCAUGGCCCAGCCCGGGGCGGCGGCAGAAGAGUCGUCGACCGAAGCUCUCCUUCAACGAGUAGCAGAACUGGAAAAAGUCAAUGCGGAAUUUCUACGCACGAAGCAGCACCGUGAGCAGGAAUUUAAUCAAAAGAGGGCAAAAUUUAAAGAGCUGUAUCUGGCUAAAGAAGAGGAUCUGAAGAGGCAAAAUGCAGUACUUCAGGCAGCUCAGGAUGAUCUGGAGCAACUGCGAGCACAGCUUACGGAAGCCCAGGCUGAAAUGGAGAAUAUUAAAGCCAUUGCGACAGUAUCUGAAAAUACAAAGCAGGAAGCUAUUGAUGAAGUGAAGAGGCAAUGGCAGGAAGAGGUUGCUUCUCUGCAGGCUAUCAUGAAAGAAACUGUCAGUGACUAUGAACUCCAGUUUCAUCACAGGCUGGAGCAAGAGCGAGCUCAGUGGAACCAAUACCGAGAGAACGUGGAAAGGGAAAUAGUGGAUCUGAGAAGACGUCUUUCCGAAGGCCAAGAAGAGGAAAACCUGGAAAAUGAUAUGAAGAAGGCCCAAGAAGAUGCAGAGAAGCUUCGUUCAGUUGUGAUGCCCAUGGAAAAGGAGAUUGCAACUUUGAAAGACAAACUGACAGAGGCUGAAGAAAGGAUAAAGGAGCUGGAGGCUUCAAAGGUUAAAGAACUGAAUCAUUAUUUGGAAGCUGAGAAAUCCUGCAGGACCGAUCUAGAAAUGUAUGUGGCUGUUCUGAACACUCAGAAAUCAGUUCUGCAGGAAGAUGCAGAGAAGCUGCGGAAAGAACUUCACGAAGUCUGCCAUCUAUUAGAGCAGGAACGGCAGCAGCACAACCAGCUGAAGCACACCUGGCAAAAGGCCAACGACCAGUUCUUAGAGUCGCAGCGUUUGCUGAUGAGGGACAUGCAGUGGAUGGAAAUGGUGCUGACCUCUGAGCAGCUUCGGCAAGUGGAAGAACUGAAGAAGAAAGAUCAGGUAACACUGAAGCCGAGUACAGUCCCAUCCAUAAAAAGGGAAGAUGAAGAGCAGCGGAAACUUCAUAAAAGGAAGGAAGACAAGCAGAAAGGCCCUGAUGAUGAAUCGAAAGUAAGCUCCAUCACUCAUGAUGAAUCCCUUCCGCAGUUCCUUGGUGAAGAGGUGCACAUAAACAGUACUCACGGUUCAGUCCACUCACUCGACACAGAUGCCCUGCUGUCUUCGGGAGAAUCUCUCAAGUCAGACAACGACAUGUUCAAAGAGGGGCUGCGGAGGGCACAGUCAACGGACAGCUUGGGAACAUCAGGAUCCUUGCAGGCCAAAACUCUGGGCUACAACAACAAAGCCAAAUCGGCUGGGAAUCUUGAUGAGUCUGACUUUGGACCCUUAGUUGGGGCGGACUCUAUGUCAGAGAACUUUGACACGGCCUCCCUUGGCUCUCUGCAAAUGCCCAGUGGGUUUAUGUUAACCAAAGACCAGGAGAAAGCAAUCACAGCGAUGACACCGGAGCAGGAGGAGACAGCAUCCCUGCUCUCCAGCAUCACACAGAGUGUUGAGAAUGCUUACGUAUCUCCUUGUGGUUACAGAUUAGUUAGUGAAACCGAGUGGAAUCUCCUUCAGAAAGAGGUGCAAAACGCUGGGAACAAGCUGGGCCGGCGUUGCGAUAUGUGUUCCAAUUAUGAGAAACAGUUGCAAGCAAUCCAGAUCCAGGAGGCAGAAACCAGGGAUCAGGUGAAGAAGCUUCAGGUGAUGUUGAGGCAGGCCAAUGACCAACUCGAAAAAACCAUGCGAGAGAAACAGGAGCUGGAGGAGUACAUGAAACAAAGCACUGAAGAUUCAGGAAAUCAGAUCUCCUCGCUUAUUGUUAGAGUUCAGGAGUCCGAGGCCCUGCUUAGCGAACUGCAACAGGCAUUUUCUCAAGCCAGGAGAGAUGUCCAGGACCAAAUGGCUGUCCUGACGCAGUCGAGGGAACAUGUCUCGGAGGAGUUGUUGAGACUCCAGAAAGACAAUGAAAGCCUUCAAGGAAAACAUUGCCUGCAUGUCUCUUUGCAGCAGGCAGAAGACUUUAUCCUGCCAGACUCUGGAGAGGAACUCCGCGAGCUGGUCCUCAAAUAUCGGGAAGACAUCAUUAGUGUGCGGACAGCAGCAGACCACCUGGAGGAAAAGCUGAAGGCGGAGAUUUUGUUCCUGAAAGAGCAGAUUCAAGCUGAGCAAUGUUUGAAAGAGAACAUAGAGGAGACUCUGCAGCUGGAAAUAGAGAAUUGCAAAGAGGAAAUAGCUGCUGCUUCCAGUCUGAAAACAGAACUGGAGAGAAUAAAAGCAGGGAAGGAGCAGUUGGAAUCCGCCUUGAAGGAGAAAAAACAACAGCUGGAAAGCUUGCAGGAAAGGAGAAACAGCCUUGAGGAGCAGCUGAAGAAGGAGUUGGCUGCAAAGGCAAACCUGGAGCAGCUGAUGUUUGAGGAGAAGAACAAAGCUCAGCGGCUGCAGACGGAACUGGAUGUUAGUGAGCAAGUGCAGAGAGAUUUUGUGAAGCUUUCGCAGACCCUUCAGGUCCAAUUGGAACGGAUCCGGCAGGCAGAUUCCCUGGAGAGAAUCCGUGUGAUCCUCAACGACACAAAACUGACAGACAUUAAUCAACUGCCUGAAACAUGACACCCUCCAUAGCAGGGCUCUAAGGCUGCAAUUUUUUUGUUUUGUUUUGUGUUUGUUUCUGGUUUUUUUUUUUAAAGAAAAACCCUCAUCUUUAUAGCAAAACAUUUAAUAAUUAUUAUUUAACUCUUAACUGAAAGAAGCAGAAGAUGACACGGGGGAACAAUGAUCCAGGCUGUGUUUCUGGAAGGGAGAGAUGGCUUUGUGUUGGGGGCAGAAAAGCGUCAGAUGGAGAGAUGAGCAAGAUGCUUUUUGGGGGGGGAGCUUUAGUGGGGGACCGGACUUGUCAAAAUAACCACCCUAUCUUCCCUCUCACCUCCACCCCUACUCUGGAAUUCGGCUCUCUUCUUUCUCUCACCUCUUCCCAUUAAAAACAAAAUAUUGUGGUGAAGGUAGUUCGGCAAAUCAAAUCUCCCCUUCUCUCCAAACCAUAUUUUGGAGCGAAGCUGUUGAACUCCACCCCAAUGAAGACUGAAGGGCUACCAGGGGUAUUGAGUGAGAGAGCAGGCUAGGCAGAUGCUGGUCUAGCAUGCUGUAUGAAUAUUUUAUAUUAAAAUAUGAAUUUAUCUGCAGGACACUGGAUUUGGGGUUUUUGAGCUCGGUGCACACAUUGUAUCUCAUAUGUUGUGCAGGAGGAGACCAAUUGCUGUUGAAAAGUGUGAUGGGACAGGAUGUUCAGGGGCUGGGGGGGCAGUGUAGAUGAGAAGGCUCUGAAGUUGUCGAAAGAGAGGACUUUGCCUUCAGGGGAAAGCAACCACUAGAAAUAAAGCCUCACCCUGCAGAUUGUUGGGGCAAGAGAAUGGGUGGCAAAUGCACCCUGGAACGGCUGCAGGAGCAGUUUGAAAACAACACUUUUUGUGUUGCCUUUAUUUCAGAGGUGGCAGGCAAAGGUAUCCUGCCCUAGUUGAGCUGAAAUUUAGGAUCUUUUCAUUUAUGGGAGGGAGCUAUAUCCCACCAUUUCUCCCCUUGAAGUGUGUGUGUGUGUGUGUGUGUGUGUGUGUGUGUGUGUUUUGGGGGGGUAUUUAAUCUGAAUACAAAGGACAGAGGAUGGAAUUAGGUUUUGACUCUUUAAUAAAACAAACAUGUCGAUUUCAAGGCACCGCCACCAAAAAGUGGAGCAGGUGCUUUUCAGACUCACAGAUUUAGAAGCUGUAAAAUAUGCCGCUCUUUUAAAACAGAUUCUGAAAUGGCGGUUAAGCUUCAAUGGAAUCAUUCUUGGAUAUGCCACUUGAGAUGCAGACUCCCCUUGCUGUGGACUUUGGGUUGGAAGCUGAUCAUGGUCUGGCCCCGUUGUAAAUCAGUGGGACCUCCAUGCAACUCAUUUGCCCUCUGCAUCUAACCAUUUGAGCAUGAAGGCAGGGGUGGCAUGUACUGCAGAGUUUGAAAGAAAACAGGCUUUGAGGCAGAGCCACCAUGAAAUAAACCUUAUUUGCAGGUUCAAACGUAUCAAAAGUAUUUUUGAUUUCUCUCAACCAUGAUUCCCUGCAUUCCAGUAAGAGCGUAUUACUUCCUAGAAAGUGCAUCUUAGAAGAAGGGUUGUGUGAAAUGGGCAGGGUGUGCUGUAUCCAUGAGCUGCAGCUCCCUUGCAUUCCUAGCUUUUUCCUGUAGCAGAACAGAUCACCUUCAACAGGGAGGUGCUUUGGGUGCAAAGAGCAGCCCAUCUCCCCUUUCCCCUUUCUGUUCCUGCUACUGAAAGACCAGCCAUUGCUCCAUGAAACUGAUUUGCUGGAAUGAGCCUAGCAUGGUCCUUAAUAUAAUCAUGUUCGCCAUUACCUGAUUAUUUCCCAAACAACUAGUGAUCUGAAAUUCCGCUUCAUAUUUUAUCAGUGUAAGAGGAGGAAUUACCAGAGUUCCUUGCCCCCACUCUGCUCCUGCCAAGGGUCCCAUUCCAGACUUAACCACUUGGGGCCAGAAGUAAUCAGUCACUUUGGCUGUUCUGCAGGUUUCUGUUGUGCUGGAAGCUAUCUCCUAUGGGGAGUCUCUUUGCUCAGUGUGGUUCCACCCACAUAAUUGCUACAGAAUCAGAAAACACUUGUGGAAUCCAGUCUGUUUGUGUGUAUGUGUGUGUGUUUAUGGGAGGGGUGGAAUACUGCGGCAGUAAAGAAAUGGCAAGGUUGGGGCGCCUACCGCUGCGAGAAACAUUUGCAACCAGUAGGAUUGGGAGGGAAGAACCUAGUCUGCAUUGACAAGUUUCUUUGGAUUGUUAAUUCUGUCCUAGAGGCUGUAGGGGAGGUUUUCCUAUUUCUUCAAGCAUGCCUGAGGCUAACUCUCCCUGUUCUGCUCCUGCCAUUUCAACAUUGCUAAAUCUUUUCCAGUAUGAGUCAGGAUGGAUUUAGUGACUCUCCUGUCCACCUUCUCUGGUGAGCCAUCUUUGGAAAAGCACCAACUAGUCAGUUUUAUUUAACUAUUUGUCUUAAAGUGGUUAGAAACUGGUUAAAUAGGAAGAGAACGAUAUAGCAUGUAGAGUAGCACAAUAAGACCAUUACUGAACUCGUUACAGCUUAUGCAUUGAAGAGCAGUACUUUGCGAGGUCAGGUGCUUGAUUAACUGAGUUUUUCCAUCCAGAUGCCUAGUAUGGCUUCAGAGACAACAGGGGAAGUAUGUUUUCAGCUCCUGAGGACAGGGGAAUAGAUCAGCAGUACUAGAUUUUAAAACUUUCAUAGUUGUAACUAAAUUAACAUAAGAUUGACAGUGUAAUGCAGAAAUUCUCAAACCUAGAACCCAAGAUACACACAGGAUGAAUUAAAGAAGCCGUCCAAAUAAUUUAGAAAAGGGAAAAUAAUUUUGUUCAAUGCCGGGAAAUCCUCAGUGAAAGUAAAUGAUUUAAUUGUGGACAUAAUUUCUUCUAUAAUUAAGCUCCCCCCCCUUCUUUUUUAAAAGGGAAAGUUGUGCCCAUCUGACCUUAGGUCCUGGCUCUCUUGCUGUAAAGGAUUGCUUAAUUUGUACCAUUGGCUUUCAGGGUUACGCACUGAGCCUUAGCUACUACAAACAGGGAAUAUAAUACAGUAACUCUUGAGAAAGGGGCUGUGUGCAGAAUUUAAGAGAAAAAGCCUGCAAGUUUUAGCUCUGUUCUGUAUACUUGUACAGUCUUAAUAUGUGCAAAAUAAGUUCUUGCAGCAUGUCUAAUCUGUUAACAUCUUGUUUACUUGACUCCUGUGCCAUUGCUAUACAACCUCUUAAAGCAUGGUUUGGAUAAGAAUAAGGGUAGGAGGCAGGCAAGUCAUCUAUAAAUAUAGUCCCUUAAGAAAAGAAUUAGUUAAGCCUUUAAAUUCCAAAUGAGUGUCUGGAAUACUACAUUCCAAUGAACCAAGCCUCUGGUGUCCUGUGAAACUGUGGAUGUAAAAUUCUCCUGUCUACCAAAUUCAGAAAUGUAACCAUUUGUUAACUGUAUUUGAAGGUGUAUCCUUAAGAAGUGUUCCAAAUUAAAGGAGGUAAAAAGUA